AGGCGUAUGUUAUUAGACGUUUUCGGGCAGAAGUUAGCUUUUGCCUGUAUUUUUGAAAAAAAUGCGGAUUUUUAACUUAUGACCAGGUUUUGGUCCAUUUUUCUCUGUUAAAUGAAUUUUGAGAAAUUUGCUAGAGUCAUAGAGUUUCUUCCAUCUCAAUAAACUUGACAUUUAUUCGGAAACUUACUGAAAACAAGGUGUCUGCUGUAUUCGUUUGAUUGCAAAGAUGGCUGGUUUGAAGGAGCAACUCCAAAAAGAAGGAUGGUUUCUCUCAGAUGAUGGGAUCAAACAGCUUACUGAUGAUGGCAAAAUAACCAAUAUACAGACCAUAAUUAAAAAGGCCCUCGAUGUUGAUCUCAGAGAAAUAGCUGCCCCUGGAUUUCCUGAAGAAGUUGGUCGCUGCAUGAUAGAGGGAAUUCCUGGGGGCUUAGUUGUACAGCUCCAGAAGGCUCGCAAUGUAUCAGCUCCAAAGGCUAAUGAAGAAUCAGGAGCAGCUCCUCGCAUGUUAAAACUUACUUUGACUGAUGGCCAUUCUACCUGCCAUGCGGUGGAGAUGUCACGGAUACCAGCCCUUACUUUCAACACACCACCAGGAACUAAAAUAUUACUUAAAUCCCACCCUGGCGAAGAAAACAUACCAGUCAGCAGUAAUUUCUUACUUCUAAAUGCCAACCGAGCAGAAAUUUUAGGUGGAAAAGUGACACAUAUGUAUGAAAAAUGGGAUCUCAACCGAAGUCUUGCCAAACAUAAAAGAGGCGGUGGGGAGGAUGGAGGACCACCCCCAUGGACUGCCUUUGGUCAAAAAAUAGUCCGAUCUCAUCCAUCAGAUAGAAAUUUCAAAUCCCUCCAGGAUAAAGACAAACAAAACACUGAAGCUUUCAAUCCUGAAUUUGAAGCUCAGCGAAAAGAUGCCAUUGCUGAGGCUGGUAAAGGUGGCGCUAGAAAAGUUUUUGGUGGUGGAAAUAGACAACUGUUGGAUCACAAUGUUCAACAAAUAGUUGAUAUGGGUUAUUCAAUUGAACAAGCUGACAAUGCUCUUAAAAUGAGUCGUAAUAAUGUUGACAGGGCAUUGAAGAUUCUUCAGCGACAAUCAGAUGGUCCUAAAAGCACUGAAGCCAAAAAACCUGAAAAAGAUGUACCUGAUACCCGUACCCGAGAUAACCCUCGUGAGUCAGGCCAAGAGUCUGGGAGGGCCACUGGCAAAGGCAACAACAGAGAACGAGGAAAGGGCCGUGGUCAUGAUGAUGAGGUUGGUGGAUCUGCCCCUGCUAAACCCUCAGGUCGACUGUCCCUGUUUGAUUUUCUUGAAGACAAACUUCCGUUUGAAGAAAAAGAGAAGUUGCAGGCAGCUUCUAUGAGAGGCCAUCAAGAGAGGGGUGGUAGAGGGGGUGGUGGUGGUCGCGGAGCAGCGAAUGGAAGGGGUCCCCCCGAAAGAGAGUAUCGGGGUGGGAAUGCAGAGAGAGGUGGAAGAGGUGGUGGGAGGGGAAGAGGUGGCGGCACUGGGGGUGGAAACGAUAGGAGACAAGAUAGAAGCUACAGAGAUGAAAAUCGCCCCAACAAUGAUAAAGGCUUUAAGGAUCGCAAGGAUAAUCCUCGCUCUAAAGACCAGCCGAACAGUCAAGGCAGAAAAGAUGGAUCAGCGAAUGGGAAAAACACUUCCAAAACCAAAGACAAAGACAAGGGAGGAGAUAGCAAAGCACCUCGAUUCCAAAACCAGAGCACGAGGCCACCUCUUCAACACGAAAGUACACGUUAUCUUGGUCAUACUCCGUCUAAUGCUGUAUCAACAAACUCAAGCCUAGGACAAGGUGUACCUGAUUGGCAAGCUUCUCUUUCUAGCAAAGUUGAAAUGAUGUCAAUGAUUGAUUGUGACAAUACUCCUGAUGAUGACCCCUUGUUCAAUAAUCCUUCAUGGGCAAAUAGCCAAAGAGAUUUUGAUGGCUUGCAGUCUCGAAAUCACCCUCAAUCUGCGCCCCGUCAGCAAUAUCAGCAAAUGCAACAGCAGCAGCACCACCAACAGCACCAUCAGCAGCAGCAGCAGUAUUCUCGACCCAUAGAUAAUGGGAGGAAUACAAACCAAGGAAUACAAAAGCCCAACCAAUCUAAUUUCAGGCAACAUAUUGACAAUAGAAACAGUCCAUUUGAAAAUGAUAUGCUUGGAUCGAAAGGAGGGUUGCAGGGAGGUUCAAGGAAUGCUCCGAACAAUCCAGCUUUGCCUAAAAUACCUGAUUUUCCAUAUAAAGAAAAUUUACAUAUGAGUAGUUCUCUUAUGAAUGGUGGGUAUCCGAGUAAUAAUACCACUAUUAGCAACAACAACCCCAACAAUACACGCAAUGUUGGAAAUCCAAAGAACUCAGGAAUAAGCAGGAAUAUGCAAGGUGGCAGAACUGAUAGUCCACAACAUUUGAAUCCUGAAGACUCAGAUGGACCUGGCGUGUAUUGGGCCUGGAAGCUAGGAGACCAGUGCUUGGCAAGAUACUGGGAGGAUGAAAGGUAUUAUGAGGCUGUUGUAACUGGCAUUGCUGCACGUACCCUUGUGGUGCGAUUUGUUGACUAUGGCAACCAUGAAGAGGUUCUCAAACAAGAUACCAUUCCCGUCACUAAAUCAUCUUUCUUUGAACCCUUGAGGAAUGCUCUGAACAAUGGUUGUCCACCUAGUUCCUUACCUGCUGACCAAUACUUUAACCUGGGAAAUGCAAACAUUGAGAGUCCUGGAAAUUCAUCAGGAAAACCCUUCAAAUCCAUGAAUUCUGUGAACUCGCACACCUCAUAUGAAUCCAAUGGGAUACCCUUUUCAGGGAGCGUCGAGUUCAGGCGCGGGGGCUCCCGCCCCUACGUGCAGCAGCCGCAGCCGGAGGCCCCGCGCCCCGCCCCGCGACCUGCGCCGCGCCCCGCCCGCGCCCCGCAGUCCAUGUACGUCCCGCCCGCGCAGCGUAAGUGACCAG